CGCAGUCCAAUUUUUGUGUUUAACCUUUGCUUUGCAGGAGUGAAAUCAACAAUAGUUCUAACAGUUUCUACUCUAGGGCUUCGUUUUGUAGACCUAGAAUAUACAGAGACCGGAAGGCAAAAAAAGAUGGGGGAAGAUACAUUUAAAGCUGCAGUAUGGUAUAACGGUAAAAUUGUCAAUGGAGAUGGAAACAACCCACGUUAUGUUGGUGGUAUGGUGAAGUUCAUCAAUGUAGAUCAAGAUACAAAGUUGGAGGUGUUUCGUGGCACUGUUCGAGACAUUUCUGGCAUACCUGAAGCAGUUCCUAUUACAUUGAAAUACCACAUUUUCAUUUCCUCGGAGAUAUCCAAGCUUCUUGAUAUCACUCCUUACGAGACACUAAAGUUCAUGCUCCAACCUGAUCUUAUGCUACAUACGUUCUAUGUUGAGGAGAAUGUGGUCGAAGAUGUUACCGACACAAUCUCAAACAUGCCGAGAUGUAGACGAUCUGCUAGAAACUCCAAUACUAUUCAGAUGCCUCCAACAGGAGUAGAAACGCGCUCCAAUAAACGAAGCGCGGGGGACCGAGACGAUCCAGUCAAGGCACCAAAAGUUGGUGACAGUGUUGGAGGGACUUCUUCUAAAAAUAGCUCAAAGGUCCGGAUAUUUAUUAGGUCAAUUUGUGGCAAGUUAAAACCUUUGGAUGUUGAGAUGACCGAAACUAUUGGGAGCAUAAAGAAAAGGAUUCUAAAAAUAGAAGGCACCGCAGUCAGGAAUCAAAGACUACUCUAUGAUGGUAUGGCGCUCAAGGAAGAUCAUGUCACUGUGGCAUCUCUUGACAUUGACGAAGGAAGUACUAUCGAUAUAUUGCAGUGCAUGGGAUGUUAAUUAGGUAUAAAGUGUAUAUACUUUGCUUGAAGUAAUGUUAAUUAUACUUACAUUUAUACUGCUUCAUUUAAAGAGAUGGUAAUCUGUUCCUAGAUUAUUUGUUGCUUUGCUUUAAUGGAUGUUAAUUAGUA